AUGAGCGAAAUCAAGAGAGUAGCUCUCGCUGGAGCCACCGGCAACCUCGGACCAGCUGUGCUAGAUCAGUUGUUACAAGCAGGACUUGAGGUCACUGUACUCACUCGUGCGGGAAGUCAGCACAAGCUACCAGAAACUGUCACUCUCAAAGAGGUCGACUACGACUCGUUGGAGUCGUUGACUACUGCAUUGCAUGGGCACGACGCUGUUGUCUCUACACUUGGAUCUCUAUCUCUCUCAAAGCAGCUCCUACUAGUCCAAGCUGCUGCCGAAACUGGCGUGAAUCGCUUCAUUCCAUCCGAAUUCGGGUCCAACACUGUCCACCCAAAGACUUCCCAGCUCCCGGUUUUCGGAGAUAAGAUUGCCGUUCAGAAGGCUCUUCAGAAAGAGGCAGAUGCGGGCCGCUUGACUUACACAAUUGUGGUCAAUGGCCCGUUUCUCGACUGGGGCUUGGCAGUCGGCUUUGUUGCCAGCGUGAAGGAUAGGAGCAUCAGUCUAUACGAUGGCGGGGACCGUAUCUUCAGUGCUACUACGCUUCCCGCUGUCGGCAAGGCAGUUGUGGGCGUUCUCCAGCACCUUGAUGAAACGAAGAAUCGUGCAGUAUAUGUGCAGGAAACAGCCAUUACUGGAAAACAACUACUUGAUAUAGGCCAGAAGGUUACCGGAACUGAGUGGAAGGCGGCUCAGAUCUCUACAGAGGAUUGCGUGAAAGACGCCUGGGCAGAACUGAGCAAGACCGCACCAGACUACGGGAAAGCUUUCAUGAAUUUCCUCAAUGCUGCUAUUUGGGGCGAAGGCUAUGGCAGCCAUUUCGAGACCAAUGACAACAAGCUUUUGGGCAUUAAGGAAAUCAGAGAGGAAGAACUACGGGCUCUCAUGGUCAGUCACGCUUGA